AUGGCAUCGAAACCUCCAUUACCUCCUCGAACACCGUCUGCCUUAUCAUCUUCCAGUGCGCUGUCUGAGGAAGAUGCAGACACAGGUGCUCCUAGAGCAGGCUCUCAGUUCUUAUCGCCCGACUCCUCUCUGCUGAAGAACUCGUUGUAUCGUGGCGGCUUUCAUGACCCACGAGCCUCGUCGACUCAAUCACUCAGGCCUGCCGAGUCUGCUGGCAAGGGUCGACGCACCCUGCUCAUCGUCUACAUACAUGGCUUCCUGGGCGACGAGACCAGCUUCAAGAGCUUUCCGGCCCACAUCCAUGGUUCACUGACUGAGCGUCUUAGAGAUACGCAUGUCGUCUACACUAAGAUCUACCCUCGGUACAAGUCUAGGCGCAAUAUUUCCUUUGCGGCAAACGAUUUCAGCAAGUGGCUUGCUCCUCACGAGUCUGAUAACACGGAUGUCAUUCUCGUUGGUCACAGUCUGGGCGGUAUUCUUGCGGCCGAGGUCGUUCUGCUGCGCGCUGAUGCCACAAGCAGCGAAGAGCAGUCUAAGCACCGCAUCCUAGGACUUCUUGCUUUCGAUGUGCCUUACCUCGGUAUGCAUCCAGGGGUAGUCGGGACAGGAAUUGCCAGUAUAUUCCGAACCAGUCCGACCGCUGCAGAGGCAGCAGAAGAAUCUUUGCCGUUGCCAGAACCUGCGAACCCUGACCCAACUUACAAUCCCUCUUAUCCAAACGAUGUCCGCCUGGCUACCCGAAAGGGCAAACUCCAACGUGCUUGGUACUUCUGGAACAAGCAUGCGGGAGAGGUCACGAAAGCUGCUGGCAAAUAUGUGUCUUCUCACCUCGAGUUUGGAGGUUGUCUUGCAGACUAUGUAGGACUCAGAAAGCGUUAUAGGUCGAUAAGGGAGUUGGAAGAUGUGAACGAGCUCGCCACGCCCCCAGGCCCACAUGGCCAACAGAGGAGACGGGUAAGAUUCGUCAACUAUUAUACCUCAAGCACAGGACCGGUCAAGUCGAAGCCAGAGUCACGAACGACGGCCGAAAAUAUGCUGGAACCUCCGGGUGAAGUCUCGCAGCCUGCCGAUUCUGGUACCUCAUCGAGGAGGAGUUCAUCCCAGAACCUUCCUUUACCGUCUACCCCCAGCCCACGAAUAUCCUUAGAGGAACAUCGCGAUGGUGAGGUAGUCGCAAAAGACGUUCCCGAUCUGGGAAUCAAUCCACACAGUACCGUGGUCGAUGCACUCCCAUCUAUGGGUCACCUGGAGUCAUUGCCGUCCUCGAGCGGACAUGCCUCGAUCCAAGAUACUGACCAACGAGCUGUAUGUGACGUGGGUGGAAAAGGGCUAUCGACAGCGGAUGACGAUGCUGCCUCAGCUGCGAAGGACAAGGCUCCUGGAAAUCAGAAAGAGAGGAGGUUUUGUGUGAUUCCUUCUAGGAAUUCAGACGGCAGAACCGAUUCGACCUGGAUCAAGGUACAAAUGGAUGGCAUUGAUGAGGUUCAGGCACAUACCUCGAUGUUCACGAUGGGAGCCACAUAUAUCGCGAUGGUGGAAGAUACUGUGAGGAGGAUCGAGGACUGGGUUCAGGAAGAUGCGUCCAGACGAAUGAUCCUCGCCGAGAGAGACAGCCCGACAUGGGAAUAG